AACGUGCGCACCUUCGGCGCGUGAUAAUAUACGAUAAUGGAGGCACCACCAACCUUUGUGUAUAGAGCGAGAAUGGCGUUUCAUUCCGCAGCUGCAAAAGCGGAGCGGAUUCUCAGCGACUUCAAAUUCGAUCAAGGAGAAGAUCAAGAGAACAGCUUCACUAAGAAUCUGGAAUUUGAAAUUGAAUCUCCUCACAAGCUUUGCAGUGAGUUGAAUAAUAUAAAGGGGAGGGAAUCACCUCAUAUAGGAAGGAAGAAGGAUUGGAAAGAGAGAUUCAAGAAUAUUCGAAUUGGGAGAAAAGAAUUUGAAGAUAAAGUUGGGGAUGCAAACAUGGCAAUUCCAUUUUAUGAUGAAAAUUUGUACAUCCUGAAUAUGAAGAAUGAUCUUGAGGCCAAGGCUGCAGAAGCAAUUCCCUUGGUUGAAAGCUUAACUUCUGAUACAAAAGAUCCAAUUCCUAAGUCAUCUGUGCUGAAGCAGCUGGCUAUAGCUUUUGAGGCUGGAAGCACAACAAAGUCAUUGAAAGAUUUUACAGCUUCGCCAGUAAGUUCACCAGCCUUGAGUUUCUCAGCAGUGAAGGCUUUAGUGAUGCGGGAAAAGGAAGACAAACUUACCUCUGAGUUUAGUGGCGAUGAGAGAGUUGUGAAUUUGAUUAAAGCUCUGUUUGAUCCGGAGGGAGAUUUUCUCAGUCGAAAGAUUGACUCCAAUCCAGGGGAAACUUCCAUAACAUCUUUGUGGGGAGACAUUCAUGGUGCUCCUCCUGAAAGCUUUGUUGUUAAGCUAGCUGAAAUCAUUGGAAACUUCAAGUCCAUUCGAAAAAUGGUUCUUUUCUGGUUCAGGGUUGUUGCUGAACUCAGAAAACAUUGGUCUGAGGAUCAAUAUUUACCUGGAGUGCCUCCGGAUGAUAUUCCAGACCUGAAGGCAUGUCUUCUGUAUCAACAACUUCAAGUAAUUAACUGUUGCAUCUCUCGGAGAAGGCUCCGUGUUAUUGCCACUGAGACUCUGGAUUCUAUGAUGAUGGAAGCUAGUUCAAACAUAAAAGAACCAAUCAAUUCUGAAGUCAGAAGUCCCUCAAGUCCUGUUCUAUAUGCUAGAGUUAACACUGGCGAUCUUGUUCUGCGACUUGGUGCAGUUCGACCAGCUAGAGAUCUGACAUUGUUGGAAACAGGCGAGCCUGUUUACUGUCCUGCUACCCAGGAAGGGCCUUUGCUUACAGAAGAUCUAAUCAGAGAAACAGAGGAGUUUGUACUGCGGACAGGGAGUGUUGGUGUUGGGUGUUCUCAACUCCUCUCCGACAUGCAGGCUUUCAAGGCUGCAAAUCCUGGAUGUAUUUUGGAGGAUUUUGUAAGGUGGUACUCUCCUCCGGACUGGACACAAACUAAGGCAACUGCUGAGGAUAGUGAUGUUUUUGACGCUGGUGAAUCACUUGAUGGCAGAGGUUGCCUAAGUCGACGAAUGCAAAAAGAAGGUAAUUUGUGGCGUGAAUUAUGGGAAACAUCCAAACCAGUCCCAGCUGUCAAGCAGGCACCCCUCUUUGAUGAAGAAUUGGCGGUGGAGGGCAUCCUCAAUGCAUUUGAAAAGAUCCAUACUUCUGAGUUUUUUAGACAGCUAUUUGUUUCUCUACUUGGUUUAGGCAUUGCGAAUGCAGAACCUAUGCUAUCCAGUAAUGGAGACUUCUCAAAGUUAUUCUAUGAGUGCAAGGAGUACAUAGUUUCCACAUGUCAAAGCAGCAAAUUGAGUGAGCACAUUGAUGACCUUGUCCAGGUGUAUCAAACAGUGGAGACAAUGUUACUGAAUCCUGAGGAAGCAUUGAAAAUGAUGAAGCAGCCAGAAGAAUCAACUGUAGAUGAACCAAAGAGCCGUCUUGCGAGGAUUAGGCUUAUCUUUAAUGGCAAAGAUAAACUGUUAAGGAGUCCUGUAACCAAAGAUCAGAUGAAUUCUGAGGAAAAGCCAAAACAAUCUUUCUCAAGUUUCUUUGAAGGCAAGUCAUUGCUGUUUUCAAAGAAGUUACAUAGUCCUCCAUCUGGAUGCCAAUCGCCUGCUAUCAAAUCUUCGUCUCUCGACACAAAUAACAGCUUCGCCGCGCCAGCACUUACUUAGGAUAAGCAUGCUACAACACCUUUUUUGGUUCUCACAUUCUAUAGCAGAUAAAUGUAAAUUUUCUUUGUUCUUCUCCAAAUACUUUACUGUUGAACUUUGUAGCAACUUAAUAUGAA